AUGCGUUACCAGGAUGCGCACAGCAUUCAUUCUGUGCUGAUUUUUGGAGGAUCCCUGUAUCUCAGGCGUAGACCCUUGCCCAUAGCCAUGUGCUUUACCAAACUACCCAGCGAGGUACCCCUUUCAGUUGCAGAGCCUGUAGGUGCGGAUCUACAAUUCCUUGGAUGUAUAUACCAUAAAAAAAUCCAGGCCACUAAUAGAAACUGUGAAGUGACUGCUGAUGUGAGACAUGAUGGGUCUGAACCACUUGUAGAUGUUGUGUUUGCUGAUGGAGAGCGAUUGAUAAUGAAGGGAGCCAACUUGACGACAGUAGAAAUGCUAACAGCAUUGAGGUCCAGGUGUAAUGCAAAAGAGAUUAAGGAAGAACAGAAAAGCAAGAAGAGUCACUGAAGAACAGAAAAAGAAUUAUGUUUGCAUUUACAUGUGUUAAAAACAGCAGGCUGCACAGAAGGCUUUUCUCCUGUGCAACAGAAUCUGAAAGAGAGAGAUGACCAAAACACUGACCAGUUUAACUUGCAGCAGAACGAACCAUUUAAAUGUUCUCCAUCUUCAGCUGAAGGAAAGCAUAGUGGAUCAACAAACCUUCUAACACUAGUGGGUCAGAGUGGCUUAAGAUGCAUGAAUGCAUCUGUCUAAGCAGCUGCCUCUGUUGUCUGCAUGUUGGACUAAUACCACAUGUAUUUGCAUAUAAAUGUGAGUAAUGCACAUUAGCCAUUAAAUUAAUAUCACAGU